UUUCAGGUCACUUGAUGCUAAAUAAUAAGCUUUUCAACGUCUUGAGGUACGAAAUUUGCAAGAGAACAAUGAUCACUGUACAUCUUUUUGAAUGCAGAAUUAAGGAGGAUAAUCUUUUUUUUUAUUUUAUAGAACAUUAUAAACACCACUGGUUCCCAGAAAAGCCAUGCAAGGGAUCAGGUUACCGAUGUAUCCGGAUCAACCAUAAAAUGGAUCCUCUCAUUGGACAGGCAGCACAGCGGAUUGGAUUGAGCAGUCAGGAACUGUUCCAGCUUCUUCCAAGCGAACUCACUCUAUGGGUUGACCCGUAUGAAGUGUCCUAUCGUAUUGGAGAGGAUGGCUCAAUCUGUGUGCUGUACGAAGCUGCACCAGCAGGAGGUAGCCAAAAUAACACCAACAUGCAAAUGGUAGACAGCAGAAUAAGCUGUAAGGAGGAACUUCUCUUGGGCAGAACUAGCCCUUCCAAAAGCUACAAUAUGAUGACUGUAUCAGGUUAAGAUAUAGUCUGUGGAUGGAUCACCUUAAAAUGGAUGGAUAAAUUUGGUUUUUACUUUGGGUGGGCACCUCUGGGGAUGGAUUAUGGAAUUUAAACCAUGUCACAGCUGUGAAGAUCUGGCACACGUUAGAGUGGUAUACUUUAAAGUGACAGUGCCAUAGUUUGGACAGUACCUUUCAGUGAUUUAAUAGCCUGUGAGUCAAAAUGAUUGCAACUUGCUAGGGAGUGAAGAAGAUCUAGGAAGGGUCAGUUUCUCCAAGACAUCUUACUUAAUUUCUACACCAAUUUUCAACCCCAAUCUGUAUUUAUAAAGUGAUUCUCUGCAGUAGGUCUUGCAGAGUAAAUUUGCACUAUUACAUUUAUUAAUUGUUAGCAUUUUUGGCAGCUCAGUAACAAGACUUAUUGUUAUGAACACCAUAGUACUGGAAAUUUUAUUUUUCAGACUUUUACCUAGCACUUACAAAUAUGUAUAAAUGUACAUAAGAUAAACUAGUAAGUAUGACCUGGGGAAAUGGUCAGAUCUUUACAUUGGCCUCAAAAGUAGCAAGUGAUCAGAAUCUGCCAUGGCAACAGGCUUUAAAAAGACCAUAUAAAGACACUGUCUGAACUGUGGUGUUAGCACCAGCCAGCUAUCUGUACAUUUGCUAGCUUGUAGUUUUCUAAGACUGAGUAAACUUCUUAUUUUUAGAAAGUGGAGGUCUGGUUUGUAAUUUCCUUGUUCUUAAUUGGGUAAAAGUCUUUUCCACAAACCACCAUCUAUUUUGUGAACUUUGUUAGUCAUCUUUUAUUUGGUAAAUUAUGAACUGGUGUAAAUUUGUACAGUUCAUGUAUAUUGAUUGUGGCAAAGUUGUACAGAUUUCUAUAUUUUGGAUGAGAAAUUUUUCUUCUCUCUAUAAUAAAUUGUUUCCUAUCUUGGCAUUUUAA